AUGGUUAUACUACAUACCAUUACAAACAGUUUGAGGAAGUAUGGUGAUGCAAAAGAAUUUGUAGAUGUUGAUACAGUGUUUGUAGGCAUGGAGUUUAUGGACUCAAAAGACUUCAAGAACCAGGGCAUAUAUGUUAUCAAGAAAGGAUUUCAGUACAAGUUGAAGCCUAAUGCCAAGGAAAGGGUUAAAGUGAUUUGCAAGUAUAACAAAUCUCAGGGGUGUAAAGGUUUUAUAUAUGCAAGUGUUAGAACUGGUGAAUCUACUUUUGUUGUCAGAAAGUUCAACUUGAACCAUACAUAUGUUACUGAUCACUUGAGCAGGAAUAGAGCAGUAAAUGCUGAAUUUGUAGCACAAUAUUUGUAUGACAAGAUAAAGAGGGGAGACUCAAUGCCACUUCCAUGUAGUCCAUGUAACCAAUUCCACACUACACAUGACACCAGUAUACCUUAUCAUGUGGCUGGGAGAGCAAGAACUAUGACAUUGGAAAGACUUGAUGGCAGCUAUGAUGAAUCUUACAAGCUGGUUCCAGCCUUUUGUGAUAUGGUAGAAAAGACCAAUCCUGGUUCUGCUGUUGAUCACUGCUUUGAAUCAAUGAUGAUUGCUUUUGCAGCACCAUUGAAAGCAUUUAAGGAUGGUUGUAGAAAUGUAAUUGUUUUUGAUGCUUUUCAUUUGACUGGCAAGUUUGGUGGGUGUUUGAUGGCAGCUACUGCUUUGGAUGCUGAAAAUAGGAUAGUGACAUUGGCUAUUAUGGUCUAUAGAAAUGAUAUUAGGGAGAAUUGGCACUUAUUCAUCAAAGCAUUGAAGCCUCAUAUUAUUGACCAUCCUGGAGGAAAGAUUACCUUCAUCUCAGACAGACAAAAAGGUCUGCUUGAGACACUUAUUGAAUUAUUUUCCGACCAUCACCAGAGGUAUUACUUUAGACACUUUCACAGAAAUCUAAAAAAGUAUUAUAAAGGUUCAAAGCUACACAAUAUCGUAAAUAUGGAUACUCUCUUGAAGUUAUCUCCAGCUGCAGCAGAAUAUGUGAUGAGGGAAAACCCAAAAAAGUGGUAUAGGACUUUCUAUGACCAAUCUUGUUGUUCUGAGAAGACCAACAAUAACUUUUCUGAUUCACUUAACAACUUGAUUGGCCUAUGA